AGUAAAAAGUUAAAAAUAACAGACCGUCAAGUGCACCUGUUGCCACCCCUGAGGUGUGUUACUGGAAUAAACUUACUUUGAUUGAUUAUGAGAUCAAUAAUUCAGAAAUCAGAACUGCUGACAUCUGUUGCUUCGGACAUGUGUCAGACAAUGUACAUACAAGUAGAUGCCACAUAGAUAUUAGUUAUUCUAAGAAGUCAUGAGAAUUUUAUUUAACCCAUCAAAAAUUCAGAGUUUAAUAGGUGCUCUUGGAGCUCUAUUUGUGUUGACUGCUGUUGUUUUGCUGCUUAAGUUGCCUUCAAGUCGGAUUGAUGGACCAAGAGUUACAGACAAGGUUUUCUUCGAUAUUUCCAUUGGUGGAGUAGAUGCGGGAAGAAUUGUUGUCGGUCUCUUUGGAGAAAUUGUUCCAAAAACAGUGAAAAAUUUCAAAACUAUUGCUGAAGGCACCAAGGUACGCGAUGGUGUGAGGUUGACCUAUAAGGGAUCCACCUUCCAUCGGGUGAUCAAGGGCUUUGUUGUCCAGGGUGGUGAUAUAACAAAUCAUGAUGGCACUGGAGGUCAAGGAAUCGAGGGCAUGUUCAAGGACGAGAACUUCAAACUGAAACAUUACGGUGCUGGUUGGAUGUCUAUGGCAAACUAUGGUCCCGAUACCAACAAGUCUCAGUUCUCUUUCCUCACAGUAAAAACACCUUGGCUUGAUGGACAUCAUGUUGUGUUUGCAGUUGUGCUUGAAGGAAUGGAUGUUGUGAGGAAAAUGGAAAAUUCAAAAACCAGAAAGAAGGAUGUGCCAAUUUCGAGAAUUGAGGUGAAAGAUUGUGGCUCCAUUCCAGUGUAUAAACCAUUUCCUGUGGAGAAAGCUGCCGUUAAAGAAUAGACUUUUGUCGAUCAACUUCAUUGGUCUUAUGAUCAAAGUAUUUUCAUAGGAAAGUACAUGUAUUACUGCUUCUGUGGUGGCUGUACAUUGUUGUGCAGUUAUGAUAUAAAUGAUGAUGACCAAUUUAGCUGACAUUUUUGCAGUGUAUGUAUACAUGUACAGCUGUGGCAAAUUCAAUGUCUGAGCUUCAUAAUUCAGUCUUCAAAGUGCUGCUUGGAAUUGUGCUAUUUUGGGAGUUAACAAAUCAGUUUCACUAAUCAAGAAAUCGAACAAAAUUACAGCAUGAUUGUUCUUUUAUAUUCUUUUCUAUUAUACAUAUUACAUAGAAAGCAGUAUACAGUUCAUGUAGACCUGCAUGGAGUACCACAAAUAACAAAUGAACAACAUGGGGUCUGUUGAUACGUGCAUUACUGAACACAAUUAUCUUGGUCACUUCGAAGACUAUACCCACUAAUACCUUGGUCUGCUGUGCAAUGUAUGUAAGUUUUUUUAAUGAAAAAUAAAAGUUAUCUCAUUUUCAAUAAACAUCACUCAGUGUCCUUAUCAUGUCUAUACUAUAUCAGUCUUCUUAUCAUAUUGUUCCAUACAGUCACAACCAUAUAGGACAAUCAAUUGUACAUUGGCACAAUCAUCGGACAAUCUAUAAAACUAGGAUUGGUUCUUUCUACCAGACAGUCACGACCUAGAUA